GAGAGAGAGGUGAAGAAGAGUUUAACUUUCCAGAGUUCAGGGGUCUGGCCGCGGUGUUCGUGUGGAGAGAGAGAGAGAGAGAGAGAGAGAGGGGUGUUUGUGUUUGUUUUCCACGGAGCCAAGAUGCUGAACAUGUGGAAGGUUCGGGAGUUGGUUGACAAAGCAACCAAUGUGGUGAUGAACUACUCAGAGGUGGAGUCUAAAGUCAGAGAGGCCACCAAUGACGACUCAUGGGGACCAUCGGGACAACUGAUGACUGAAAUCUCCAGAGCCACCUUCAUGUAUGAGCAGUUCCCAGAGGUGAUGAACAUGCUGUGGGCCCGCAUGCUGAGAGAUAACAAGAAGAACUGGCGGAGAGUCUACAAGUCCCUGCUACUGCUGGCCCAUCUAAUCAGGAAUGGAUCAGAGAGGGUUGUUACCAGUGCCAGAGAACACCUGUAUGACCUUAGAUCAUUAGAAAGCUACCACUUUGUAGAUGAGAAUGGGAAGGACCAAGGUGUGAAUGUGCGUCAGAAGGUGAAGGAGAUGGUGGAUUUUGUCCAGGAUGACGAGAGGCUAAGGGAAGAACGGAAAAAGUCAAAGAAGAACAAAGACAAAUACAUCGGGGUAUCCUCAGACAGUAUGGGUUACCGAAAUUACACAGGGGACAGGUACGACUCCAACGAUGGCAAGGGAAAGUGGGACGACGACUGGGAGAGGAAUAAAGGGCAAUUCCCCUUCAGCGAGAAAUUGGGGGAGAUCAGCGACAAAAUCGGCAGCACCAUUGACGAUACCAUAAGCAGAUUUAGGAAGAAGGAGAGAGAUGACUCACCAGAUCGAUUUAGUGACAACGAGGAGGACCGGAGUCGCUCGUCUCACAAUGGCCAGCCAGGAAAAGAAUUCAAAGAUGAAGAGGAGACUGUAACCACCAAGAGUGUACACAUAGUCCAAGCAACAGAGACUACAGCAACACGGAAGAGAGGAGGGGUCCCUUCUAAGAUAGUAGACUUGGGAGCCGCAGCCCACUAUGUGGGAGAUAAGAGCCCAGUCACCACCACCAAACAGCCAGCAGCCCCCCAGCCCUCCAGUGCUGCCCUAGCUGACCUAUUUAUGGUGGACUCGACACCGAGCCAGCCUGCUCCCACAGACCUGAUCAGUGGAUUUGCUGACUUCUCCUCACCUGCUGCCUCCGUCGGCAUCCCUUCAGUAUCUGCAGCACCUUCCUCGGGCAGUAAUGGAGAAUUUGGAGAGUGGAACGCCUUCCCUGGAGGUCAGAUGCCAGCGUCUGCUCAGACUGUUGACACCGGCGGAAAUGACCUUUUUGGAGGCAUGACGGGUCCUGCCGCCGCCCUCGCCCCGGCCCCGGCUUCAGGCUCAGCCGACCUGUUUGACUUGAUGGGGCCCACCCAAUCCCUCAGCUCCUCCCAGAGCCUCAACUUUAGCAUGAGCAGCACACAGAGCAUGAGCGCCACAGUCCUGCCCCAGUCUAGGUCACAGCCCCUACAGAACAUCGGGGGUCCUCUUCAACCGCAGUCUGUCCUGUCCCUCCAGCCUGUGCAGCAGGGAGGGGCCUCUCAAGGUGCCGGCGCCAAAGCAGCCCUCCCUUCCACCUGGUCAGAGACCUCAGUUAACAUCAACUUGGACUUCCUGGGCCCAGGAGCACACCCACCCAAGCAAAACCAGCCCACCCUCAACACCCUCCAGCACGGCAACCAGGUACCUGCCAACAUGCUCGCCCAGGGAUUUUCCAGUAUGAGCAUUGGAACUACAGCAGUCAGACCGCCUGUUAAUCCUAUGAUGCACCCUGGCGCUGGCAUGGGGAUGGGCAUGGGGAUGGGGAUGGGGAUGGCCCCCAACCAGGGCAUGAUGGGGAUGGGCAUGAACAUGGGGAUGCCACAAGGAGGUAUGGCCAUGGGGAUGCCCAAUGCUAUGGGGAUGGGAAUGGGAAUGAACACUGGAAUGGUCCAACAGCCCAAACACGAUGCCUUCGCUGACUUCGGCAACUUUGGAAAGUGAUAGAGCUGGAGAGAAAAGAUUAUCUGGUGGAGUGGUGGUCUCUCUAUCUCUCUCUCUCUUCCCCGUCCAUUGGUAAAGGAUUGUUAUGAGCUGCAAACAAAGAGUACUUGAAUAACGUCAACUAUCAUAAUACCAAUACCCUGCAAUCUCCUUAUUAUUAUUUUUUUUUUUAAAGAAAUGCUGUGUAGUGAAAUGGAUCUAAAUGAACGUGUUUGUGUUGUGUUUUGAACCAGUCAUCUGUCUGGUCAUGGGUGGUGGUCAAACACACACUGACGGCAGUGUGCCUUGUUGGUGACUUAAGAGUCCGUGAGGAGGAGGAGGAGUGUGCCAGAAUGUCGGGGGGGGGGAUUUGCUUUAUAACCUCAAUCAAGUGAAAUCACCAGAAUAGCUAAACUAUAUCAGUAGCUGCGUAAUUUUCUUUUGAGAUGCAUUCUCAGUAACUUUACAGAAGGAUACGUUUUUGAAUAACAUGAUCAGCCAUUUUUAACUUUCUAAUGUACAUUUAAGAAUAUCAAGUUACCUCUUUUUAUGUCAUUGCUCUUCCUUUGACCUGUAAAUAUUAAUCUGGAGCCCUUACAAAUAAGUUAUGAAGUUCCUAUAUGAGAGGCAGUGGCGGUGUGAAGAGUUGUAUCAUGCAGACCAAAUCUAAUAUGAAUCAAGACCCAUAACAAAGCACAUUGACACCUUGUCUUUGUACAUAAGUGUCCACACACUCCAGGUGUGGCCAGUCAGUGCUGCAGUCUAAAUAAUGAGUGUUUGGAGUGAAGGUUAUUGAUUUAAUUUGAGGAGUUUCUCUUUCAGCAAACCAUCAUUUGUGGCCUUUUUCUUAUUGCUAUAUAUAUAUCUAUAUAUUUUACUUAUGAAGACUAUUAUAAUCAGUUUGCAUCCAAAUGAGAUAAUCAGUAGUUAGAAACAGGCUCAUACAGGGGUUGUGGGUUCUUAAUUACAGCACAGAGUGCCUGAAAGACAUUUGCCUUUUCUCUUCAGUUAACCUCUUUGAAGGAAACAAUGUGACAGCGCGUUGUGUUGAGGACAGCUACCAGACCGGAGCUUCUGUACUAUGUACAAACAUCUGUGUUUGUACUAAUGCCUCUAGCCACGCGUUCCGUCUGUACAGGUAUCAGAUGCAAUCGUAUAAUUAUUUCGCUCAGUGUUUUGUUCGUCCCACGCACACGUACGUGGCUCCACUUUAUUCAGGUCAGUGAUAACUUCAGAGCUCAAAAAAAAAAAAACAGCCAAGUCGAAAAUCUGUCGAGCUCAACGUAAAUCAGCACCUCGAGUGUUGCUACAGACUGUUAUUCAGAUUGCCUCACUCGUCCACAUCUGUUAAAUGUUCACCAGUUCAUCUUGGGAAAUGCUGCCCUUUGACCUUCCAUCUCUAUUAAUGUUACACAUUAAAAAACAGCAAUCUUAGGAACUGUGUUGCCGUCAUAACCGUCUGCAUGUUUCACAACUUAUCAGGAAGAUUUAUGAGAGGAAGCGCUUUUUACCAGACGGGAUGUGUUGUGGGUUGGCGCAUAAUGAUCAGUCCCAUUCAGCUGAACACCAGCUAACUGAUCUGUUCGGCGUACAAAACCUUUCUCUUCAGUGGUUCAAGUGCCUGCCGGUGGUUGCCUCCUGACCCUUGUAAUGAGUGAGAAGUAAAUCUUUGCUGCCUAACAUUUUUGGCAAGUCAACGAUAAGAUAAAUAAUUCACUGACCAGAGGAGAAGGCGGUGGAUUCUGCAUCCCCAAGGGGACUGAAGAUCUUGAAGCUUUCCUACUCUCCCAAGGGCUCAAGAGGCUGAGCACACUAACACAUAGUAGCCUUGCGUCUGAGUCUGAAGCAUUAAAAAUGACCAAAAUCUGUUUGCUGUUUUUUUCUAAAAUAUAUCAGUAGAGGUUGUUUUAUUCAUUUGUGUUUUUUACUUCAAAUUGAUUUGAUCUUCUCUUAAAUGGGAUUGUUACUGAAACACUAGCAUAUGCAAAUGUAAAAGAUAAUCCUUUGAGGAAAUGACAUUUUUGCAUUGUUCCCAUUUCGAUUUGAUUUACACAUUGAUUCUUUAUCUACAACAUUAAACAGUUGAUUGAAA